AUGCCAGACGGAUCGGACGACGAUGACUUUGACGACCUCGAUGGCAAGUGUAUAUCUGCCGGCCCACCGGUAAAGACUGACUCCCCUGCAGAUGUCCUCCAGUCUUUCAACAAACCCAGCUCAAGCCAGUACGCCCACCGAGGCCCCUCUGCUAUCUCUGCCACUCCCCCGAAACCAACAUCGGCCAGCCCGGGAGGGAUAGCACCGGAGACUGACGCCGAGUUUGAAGCUUCCUUGGAGGAGGGUAUGGAGUCGCUCCUCCGCCAACUCGCCGGUGACCACCCUCCAGGACUGAUGCCUGAUAGACCACAGCCUUCCUCUUCGUUGGGAAGUCAAGGGCGGACGCCCGAUUCGGUGCCGAUGAGCAAAGAAGCGGAAGAAGACGCGUGGCAGAAGGCGGUGGACAUGUUGCUCUCAGGAGAGGGGCUAGCGGCUCUUGGGCUUGAUGACAAGAAUGAGCCGAGUGCAGAAGGAUCGAGUGGUGUAGCUCCCGAGCGUCCUGCAGAUGGACCGCGAGACCAAACAGCCGACUAUGACGAAACUCUAAGGGCGAUUCAUGAGAAACUCAAGAACGCCGGCCAAAAGUCUGAUACCCAGACGGGUGACUCGGAAGGGAUGGAAGCGCUACUGAAGGCCCUUGGGGGCGACCCGAACCUGCUCAAGGAGUUUGGUGGAGAGGGAGGAGAAGGUGAUGGACAGCUGGAAGGCAUGUUGGAGGGAAUGAUGGCGCAAUUGAUGACCAAGGAGGUCUUGGAAGAACCCAUGAGCGAACUUGCGUCCAAAUACCCGGCCUACCUUGCGUCACCUCCUGCCAAUACCUCGUCCUCUGACCUUGCUCGCUACAAAAAUCAAUUCAGCCUUGUCACCCGUGUCGUCGAGACUUUCAACAAGCCUGGAUUCUCGGAUGAGAAGGAUGGGAAGGAAGUGGCGAGGCUGGUCUCGGAUAUACAAGACCUGGGAGGGCCACCCAAGGAGGUGAUGGGAGAGUUGCCGGAGGGCUUUGACUUGGGUGCCUUGGGGGAUGAAGAGGGAUGUUCAAUCAUGUGA